AUGUCUUCACGCAUCCGCUCUAUCCGAUUAGACAACUCCUCUAUCAACCCAAAGGUCUUGCACGCUCAAUACGCAGUCCGCGGUGAAAUCCCCGUUAAGGCUGACAAAUACGGUCAGCAGAUUCGAGAUGGUCACGGCGAUGAACUUCCAUUUAACGCUAUCCUUCCUUGCAAUAUCGGUAACCCACAACAACAGGGCUUGAAUCAGAAACCCCUAACUUUCUGGAGACAGGUCGCUGCCCUCACUGAAUGCCCAGAACUGAUCAACAAUGCUCAGCUUUUCCCAAAAGAUGCUAGAGAUCGCGCAAGCCAACUUCUCCAUGAAAUAGGGUCUGUUGGCGCUUACUCGCACAGCAAAGGUGUCCCAUUCAUCAGAAAACAAGUCGCAGAUUUCUUAGAAUCACGCGACGGCUACAGUGCAGAUCCAGAGAACAUCUUCUUAACAGCAGGCGCUUCAGGCGGUGUGAACUUGCUGUUCCACCUUCUCCUCUGUGGAGAACCUGAUGGUGUUAUGAUUCCUAUCCCUCAAUACCCCCUCUACUCUGCUAGUUUGGCUUUGGCAGGCUCGCGAACAGUUCAAUACCACCUCGAUGAAAAUAAGGGGUGGGAAUUAAACAUUGACUUGCUUGAAAAGUCUCUUUCAGAUGCCAAAUCAAAUGGUACUGAAACUAAAGCCUUGGUUAUUAUCAAUCCAGGCAAUCCAACCGGUGCCAUACUAAGUGAGGAAAAUAUUAUUGAAAUUGCCAAGUUUGCACAUAAGCAUGAAUUGGUGUUGAUUGCAGAUGAAGUUUACCAGUCCAACAUCUACGACGAAAGUAAACCGUUCAUCUCGUUCAAAAAGGUUGCAAGGGAUCUCAAAUUGGACACAUUACAACUCGCAUCUUUUCACAGUGUCAGUAAGGGAUUCAGCGGGGAGUGCGGUAAGAGAGGUGGUUUCGUGGAGUUUGUAAACUUUUCGGAAGAUUUACUCUCCCAGGCUACCAAAUUGGCUUCCAUAUCUCUUUGCCCACCUCUGCAAGGACAGGUUGCAGUCGAUCUGCUCAUCAGACCACCUAAAGAGGGCGAUGAGAGCUAUGAUCAAUUUAGUAAAGAGAAGGAUGAAAUAUUGACAAACUAUGCAAGUAGAUCCAAGAUAAUGGCAGACAGAUUCAAUAAGAUGGAUGGGGUAACGUGCAACAAUGCAGAGGGGGCUAUGUAUGCAUUCCCUCAAAUAAGACUACCACAGAAAGCGCAGGAUGCUGCUAAAAAGGAGGGUAAAUCUCCAGAUGCAUUCUACUGCAUGGAAUUGUUAAACAAUACUGGGAUUUGCGUAGUACCAGGAGGAGGAUUCGGACAGAGCCCAGGUACCUUACACUUUAGAACAACGUGUCUUGUUCCAGGUACUGAAGAUUACAUAAACACGAUUGAGAAAUUCCACCAGGAGUUUAUGGAUAGAUACAGAGACUAG